AUGUUCCGUCCGUCGCUGAUCCGCGGCGCGAGCGUGGACUCAGCGGACUAUGGCGUUGGCAGGAGCCGGCGCGCGUCGCUCUCGGCCGAGCAGCGCCGGCGCCUUAGUAUGCUGCGAACCUCCAGUAUCCCGAGCCCGCUGACUCCGGCGGGGACCCCUCCCUGGGAGCUGGAAGCGCAUGUCCAGGCCGCCGUUUACAGAUGGAUGGCGGCCCAGAAAGAGCGGGGGGAACACCCCGCCUUCGAGGAGAGGGAGGCGGUUCGGUGCGAGGCUCGCGAAACUGUGGUCCAGCAGUGGGCAGACCACCUCGCCGUUGCCGAGUCGGGCCGCCGAACCUUGGAUGCGCUGGCGCCGACCAUAGAAAGGUGGCUCGAGCGCCCGCACGGGUACCUUUCCUUCCAUUUGGUACAGAUGUUGACCGGGAACGGAUGCUUUGGCUCAUAUCUGUACCGCAUUGGAAGGGAAGAGACGCCGUCCUGCCACGCGUGUCGCGGCGGUGCGGAGGACACGGCGCACCAUACCCUUGCGGUAUGUCCGGCGUGGGCUCCGUAG